UCAUACACACGCAUACACAAUCUUAUCAUCCUUAUCUAACUCCUCUCUUCCUCCUCUCCUCCUCUUAGUUAGCGGUGGUGUGUGUGUGUGUGUGUGUGGUGGUGCGUGGUGGUGAUGGCGCCCUACAGUGAUGCUGACAGAAGGCUGGUGUCAUGCGCGCAGGCGGGGGAUGGGGCGGGGGUACGGGCGGCGCUGCGGGGCGGGGCGAGUCACCACUUGCCGGGACCCGAGGGACGCCUGCCCCUUCACGUGGCAGCGGCGGCAGGUCACGCGGACGCCAUCACGGGACUGCUGCAGGCUGGUGCUGACCUGCACGCCCCCAGCGGCAUGACCAGGGAUGACGGAGGGCAGGCGAUGCACCUGGCGGCGGAAGGUGGCCACGUGGAGGCCCUCAGACUGCUGGCGGCUGCGGGGGCUCCUCUGGAUGGCACGGAUGACAAAGGUCGAACAGCGGUGCACUGGGCUGCGUUAAGAGGUCAGCAGGAGGCGCUCGUGACCUUGCAUACCCUCGGCUGUGACCUUCACGCCCUGGACGGAGGUCAUGCUAACGCCCUGCACUUCGCUGCGGCCUCUGGGUCACUGGAGACUGUGCGCUGGCUGGUGGAGGUCGCAGGCGUCUCCGUGACCCAGACUGACCACAAUGAUAGGUCACCAUACUUCGUGGCCAAGAGGAAGGGUCAUAAGAACAUGUUGGGCUUUUUAAAGCAAGCACAGGAGAAAGAGCAGAGUCAGCAGUCGGCACACCACCGUCAGCACAGUCAGCCGGGCCCCUCAGCUUGGGUGUACAAUCAGCCCGAGAGUCAGCACCACUCAUCACCCUGGAGAGGAAGUCAGCGCAGCCACCACGCCCCAGUAACCCGCGCCAAAAGUCAGGACCUGUCAGCAUUGGGUCAGCAGCAGCAGAAUCAGCAGAACUAUCCACCACGGCCUAAAAGUCAGCACGGGUUGCCAGCACCCAGUCAGCACCAAGUUGUGUCUCAUGUUCACAGUUACCCAGAGUCACCAAGCAGGGAUUCGAGUCAGCGUGGCUCCCUCUCAAGUCAGAAGAGUCAACAGCAGAUUGUGUCUCGUCAGCAGGAGUCACCAAGUUGGGAUUCAAGUCAGCAGAAUCAGCACAAGGCCGUGACUCGUGUUUAUAGUCAGCCUGAGUCAGCAAGUUGGAAUUCAAGUCAGCAUGGGUCCUUAUCGCGUCAGCAUAGCCAGCGGAGCACGUCAGCAUGGGUGGAGAGUCAGCAGGAGCGUCAGCAGCUGCAGCUAGAGGGGGAGGAGCCGCGGUCAGCACUCACGCUCCUGACUCAGCAGAAUCAAGACUACAGGAGAAGGAUUGCGCAGCUGGAGGAGCAGGAGGCACAGGCGCGGCAGAGGACAACAGCUGACCAGACCUCCCUUGCUCAGCUCAGGAAGGAGGUGGAGAGGCUCACGGGGAUCCUACAGAGUGAGGGUCGGGAGGCGGCCAGCGUGGAGGAGGUAGCGGCACUGCGGGAGGAGGUGCACCAUCUCAAUUUCUUGCUAGAGGACACGGGGAGGCGCGCCCUAGCCACACAGGAGACGCAGCAGCGGAAAAUUGAUGGUCUUAGGAGUCAGGAGGGGCUAAACCAGAAGACCGUGGCGGAGCUGACGAAGAGAUUGACGCUGGCUGAGGAGAGCAACGCGGCCAUGAUGGCUGAGGCGAGAGACAGAGAGAGAAGCGAGACACUGCUGAGAGGCGAGGUGGACAGAUUGAAAUUGAGUCUGUCCGCUGCUCCAAAACCCGAAGCAUUUGCACAACUGCAGGCGCGGGCGAACAGACUGAGUGAACAGGACGCCCUUCACCGGCAGGCCAUCCUUGCCCUGCGCAGACAGCUGGAGGCAACCCGCGCCCCCUCCCCCGUCCCCCGGCCAAGCCCCCAGCCUACCCCUGCCACGGCGCCGGAACAGAGAAAGCUGCGGGAGGCGAUGCUGCAGGCUGAGAAGAGCAGGGAGGAGGCUGCCGCGCUCUCGGCCAAGUUGCAAGCCACGCAGGACAGACUGGCUGAGGCUGACAGGCUGGCUAACGCUUAUAAGCGGCAGUUGGGAGAGUGCGAGAGAGAGCUGCGGGAGGAGCGGGAGAGGGCGGCCCAGUUGGUAGCGGCGCUGCAGGAGGAGGUGGCGGAGCUGAGGGGAAGAAUGGAGGCGGUGAAGAAAAGGGCUGUGGCUUCCCUCACCCGCGCCCCGUCCUCCUCCGACGCCUGAGAGAGAGAGAGAGAGAGCAUAAUUCCUUUUAUUGUGGAGAUAGUAAUACAGUUGUUGUUGUUGUUGUUGUUGUUAUUAUUAUUAUUAGGACAAACUCAAACGAUCAAUUUCUAACUAGAUUUCUUCUUUAUAGAAUUAGUUUACAGAUGUAAGCAGUAGUCUCGUAAAUUACUUUGUCACAUCUACAACAAUAAAUCUGCCAAUCACA